AGGAGCCAAUGGGAAAGCAGAGCAGCCGAGUUCGCGAGUCGGGCAUAGAGUGCAUAGUUUAGCCAGCGUAAUCGCAAAAUAAAUUGGUGUCGCCGCAGUUUUCCGCAGCAGGUAACCCGCAGGUCGGCCGUCGUGUCCGAGUCGACAGCGCAGAUGACGCGGCCGCACGAGCGAGCGGCCAGAAAGAGGUGAGCCGAGUCAAGACGGCCCCGCGCGACCCCGCUUCUCUCCCGUGUCAGCAGUUCCGUCAUGGACCCGACAGCUGCUGUUGGAAGUGAGAAGAUGGAAUCAGUUUACGGAAUGGUGUACAACAGGCCAAACGGCGGUGUGCCACAGGAAUCCAAGCUGGCCACUUACAUGGGCACUGCCUCUAGCAGCCAAGUUCUUAAUAAAGGAAUGGCGUCCCUGAGCCUGGACAGUCUCUCCAUUAAAGAGGUACUAAGCAAAGAGUUUGUGCCAAAUUCUGCCAGCGCCGGCAAUUUCACGUAUUCCAGCAUCGCUGGCAACACGGAAUCGCCGGCGGCCAGCACCUUCAACCCUGAGUACUCGGGAGAACCGUCUCCUGCAAUGCUAGGUUCCUCGUCUCAGCGGCUGCAAAGGCACAGAGAAACUCCGCCUUUGGACGCCAUGGGCGACGCUCAAGUCAUGUCCGUUACUUCCACCUAUCAGAAACAUCUGGGGGUUUUCAACAAUUUCAACCUAGAGAAGCCUAUAUUCGAAGAAAACGUUGGAGGCACGACAUACUUCUACCCGACCUCGGCUACCGGCUCGAGCACGCCAACCCGACUGGGCUCAGACUCGUCGCCGGUGGUGAUGCCAAACUUCCACGUGUACCCAGGCACGCCAAGCCACCUGACGAAGGCGACGAGCACUUCGUCCCCAAACAGGGUCAGUCAGCCGACGCAGCAGCCGUCGCUGACCUCCACCAGCCACACGACGCACCUGACCAACUCACUGGGCAGCUACUACUUGCUGGACGAGUUCCGACUAGAGCUGCUCCACAGAAAUGCCCUCGUUCUCGCCCAGCCAAAUGCUGAAGGAUAUCCAGAUUUGCCUGUGGAAAUCGACAACUACCAUGAGUUAUGCCCAUUGGAGCCGAUAUCCCAAACAAAUCAAAAAACGUCGCAGGUUAUUUCUUACCAGACGUCGACGUUCAAGGCGACCCACACGAAAAGCGGAGCUCGGUUUUGCCUGAGAAGAGUUCACGGCUUCCGGUUAGCCAAUCUCAAGUGCAUGUCCAACAUGGAUUCCUGGAAGAGAAUCCAGCACUCGAACAUUGUGCAGAUCAAAGAAGUCUUCACCACUAAGGCCUUCAACGACAAUUCCAUCGUGUUUGUUUAUGACUAUCAUCCUGGUGCGGAGACGUUAAUGUCGAAACACUUUUCUGCCAGUGACCAGGCGAAUGGAUUUUCGGACCCUUUUAACGGUGACCCUGGCAUUGCGAGGCCUUACAGCCACACCAAAAACGCCCUACUCAGACAGCACGCAAGUCUAUUGCCUGAACCCCUUAUUUGGAGCUAUGUGAUCCAACUGACGUCAGCUCUGCGAACAAUCCACAAUGCCGGCCUGGCCUACCGGUGCCUGCAUCCGAGCAAGGUCAUCCUGACCGACGGCAACGUGCCGCGCCUGCGGCUCAGCUUCUGCGGCAUCCCCGAUGUUGUCAUGUUCGACGCGGCCGCAAACAUGUCGAUGGCUUCCGUGCACCAGCAAGAGGACCUGCUCGCCCUCGGUAGACUCGUGCUCGCGCUCGCUUGCAAGUCGAUGCUCGCUCCCAAGAGGGAAAACAUCCAAACGUCGCUGGAGCUCGUCGCCAGAAGCUAUUCCAGUGACCUCAGGAAUCUCAUCGUGUACCUUUUGUCAAACGCAACAAGACGUUCCGUCAGUGACCUGAUGCCGAUGAUCGGAGCGCGAUUCUACACGCAAUUGGAUUCCACUCAGCAGCGUUGUGACCUGCUCGAGAACGAAGUGUCCAAAGAAAUCGAGAACGGGCGCCUGGUGCGGCUGCUCACCAAACUCGGCACCAUCAACGAGAGGCCUGAAUUGAAUCUGGACCCCAGCUGGAGCGAGAACGGUGACCGGUACAUGCUGAAACUGUUCCGAGAUUAUGUGUUCCACCAGGUGACCGAGGAUGGCAAGCCGUGGGUCGACAUGGCGCACAUUGUGUCUUGCCUCAACAAACUCGACGCAGGGACUGAUGAACAGGUGUGUCUGAUGUCCAGAGACGAGCAGUCUGUGUUAGUUGUAACGUACGCUGAGCUGAAGCACUGCCUAGAGCAAAGUUUUGACGAAAUUGUCCAGGCGGCUAGUGCAUUUUCUUAAGGCAACCGUGCCGUCCAGGUAGGAUGAAAACAAAAAAACAGACACUGCACGCAAUCAAAUUUUUCCACGUGUCAGAAGGAAUAUUAAAAUAAAGCUGCGGCGUCGAAAUGUGCCACCUGACAUUCCAGCCAGUGACAAGAUGACUGCUUAUCGGAAUUGUUGGAAACGUAUUGACUUGAGUUCCUUCUCAAAUUUGCUUUCCGUCACAUUUUCGCCCGCAAAAAUCAGAACCAGAGGUUUUUUUUUUAUUAAUUUUCAUCGUUUUUUAUGUUUGAAAUAUCUAGUGACCCGUUUCCAGCAAUUCGUAACUCGGCAGGCGUCUCGAAAUUCCCGCAUUUCGCGGCCUCAGUGAUGUUUUGCAACGGAAACCGCUUUGAAUUCCUGACGAUCUUCCGCGUCCAAUGUUGGUUGGUCAAAUUUGGUUGGUUGUAGGGCCAAAUAAUGAUCUUUCUUCUGCUGCCGUACAGCAACGACAUUUCGAAGUCACUUUAAACCCACUAAUUUACGUCUGCAAACAUUCCACUAUAUUUUGCCAACAGAAAAAAAAACAAACAAAAAAUUAGCUCAAGUGCGUCCAAAUUGAAUUGAGUAUUUGAGUGACUUUUAAAACAAAGAUGAGAAAGACAGCACAAAAGUUAUAUAAAAAAUAAAAUAUCGAAGAAAGUGUGAUAAAAGACUUAAUUUAUUAUAAUGUUAAUACUUAGGCGUUCUAACAAACCAAAAUGCUUUAAUACGGUGAAUGAAGAAAAUCACUCUUUAACUGUACUUACUACGAGGAAAAAGAAAAAGCAAUACACUCAAAAUAGUUUGGGCAACUCUCCUUCUCCUAAAAAACAUUGGACCGUUUUGAACUUUAAAAGAUUAAUUCUCUCUCGCUCAGCGUUCGAAAAGAAUGAAAAAAAAACUGCCCAGUGCUCAAUCGCGCGCAGUUCGAACAGCAAUAAAUUGAUUGAUUGACUGGGCACUAAAUUGUCCCUCCUGACGGACCCCUGCGAAAGGAACUGUUUGUUUAAAUUAAUGUGAUGUUCGAGCAAAGUAAAAUAUAUUAUGUGAUCGAUCAGCCACACGCCGACAAAGCAAGAAAUUCAUUCGAGGCUGCGUUUCCGAGAUUUCUUGUGAUAUUCGACCGAAAACGGCUCUUAGUUUCCUUUUGCUUUCACCGUUGACAAAUUGUUUCUGGCAUUUUUUUAAAUCAUGUUUGUUUGAAAUCUCUGAAAUGCGCUUAAGCCUCGGAACCGCUUUCUGUCCUUUUUCUUUUUUCAAAUUUAAUUCGCCCUCGAAUUCCAUGUUGCUAAUUAUGACAAUUGAAAAUUGUGAACAAACGUGUUUUUAGACUUGUUGAAAAUACGCAAAUGCAAGUUGUCCAUAGUAGAAUUGUUUCCGACAUGCAUGUGAAUGUGAGCAUUUUCGGUUUAAAAGGCGUGAUAUGUGUAAAGAUCAAUCAAUAUUUUAUGUAAAUGUCUUAUUUUAAAUAAAGUGAAAACGAUCAUUAA